AUGUGCGGUAUUGGUACUGAUAACUCCAGAGUGGAAGAACAUCGUACAGUGGAAAUGCUGAAAACUCCAUUGUAUGAAAUCGGACUAAUGAUUAAACUUAUUGUAUUAGAUUUUCUGACCAAAGGAAUCGAUCCACCAUCGAUCGAUUCUAUUAUUGAAGCUGAAAUAUUCCUUCCUACUUUGGGUUCAAACAAUGAAUUAACUAAACUUGGUUAUACUUUAGCUCGACUUCCUGUUGAACCACGUCAUCAUUUACAAUAUCGUACAUCCAACACAGUCAUCGGCUUCAAAAUUGAAUGGCUAGAAAACUGUCUUAUUAGUAGUAUUUGCUUUCUAAUAGCCGCUUCUUAG